AUGUGGCGUGGCCGCCUCGCAUUCGUGAACAGCAUUCCGGGCGUCGACUACCCGCAGCUGCUGCCACCAUUGGUGCAGUAUACUGGCCCUGUCGUGGAUGUGAAGAAGAUGGAGCCCUUCCCAGCGGAAGUAGAGGCCUGGAUUGAGUCCGUGCCGGACGACAUGCCCAUCGUCUAUGUCAGCUACGGUACCAUCGUGCGGCUGACGCCGGAGAGGGUGGCUGCAACGAUUGCGGCCUUGACGUCCACAACGCACUACACCUUGUGGGCGCUGCCGAAGCCGCAGCAAGUUGGCCUACCAGAUACACUGCCUCCAAGCAUCAUGAUCCACCACUGGAUCCCCACUGCGCGAGCGCUGGCUCAUCCCAAGGUCAAGGCCUUCGUGUCUCAUUGUGGAGGGAAUUCGGCUGUGGAGUCCAUGGCCAUGGGCAAGCCACUCAUCGGCUACCCGCAGUUUGGCGAUCAGAUGGCCGUCUGCCGUAGAAUCGCAGAUGCUGGCGCCGGGAUCACAGGUCCACAGGGCGGCUGGGUCCAGGUCGAGGACGUUCGGCAAGUGCUCGGAGACGCACGAUUUGCCGCACGAGCGAGGACCAUGUCGCGGUUGCUGGACAAGUUCGGGGGCACGUCCCGCGCUGCCGACCUCCUGGAGCUGGCCGCUGCAGGGGAUCUCGAGCCGCUGAAGACGCCACUGGAAGGCUCCGCCAGCUCCUUCUUCUACAUGGGAGGCUAUGACCUUCUGAUCUACGCGCAGCUGCUAAUGCUGUUCUUCUUCUUCCUGUGUCUCUUGGCUGAAUUGGAGCACACGCUGCUGCCGGUGCUGCUGUUGGAGGAGAUCAGUGCCAUUUCCGCGAGGAAAUAUCAUUUCCUUGUCGUUGGAGUGCCAUUGUCCCCGCUUCACAACUGCGUGUCGAUCGCGCAGGAGCUCUGCCUCAGAGGCCACAACGUCACCGUCAUGAGCUUCGCAGACCGAGGACGGCAGAAGGUGGCAAAAUACUCUCCCAAAUGCAAGCUGAACUACAUCAGCUUGGGUGAGCUGCCUGUCAGUGAUGACAAGGAGGAAGCACUGGUGCGCGAAAUGCUGACCACGAACAGCACCAUACACCAGAUCUCCUUCAUGAUGAAGAACGUGAUGACGCCCUACUUCGAGCAGCUACCAUCGGGAGUGUCCAAGGCACUCGAGGCUGGGGAAGUGCAGCCGGACUUCGCCUUGCUGGGGCUCCCCUUCGGCCUCGUGGGCCGCGAGUUGCAGAAGCGCGGCAUCGACUUUGCGGUGAACGUUCCGACCAUCCUCGUUCCACCGCUGAAUCCGUGGGCCUCCUCCUAUGUACCGCUUCCUUUCUACCUGGUGAACCCUCACAAUAUGACCUUCGUGGACAGGUUGGCUGUCAUUGGUGGCAACUCGCUGCUGAAUUUUGGGCGAAACCUGGCGGUGGCAGCGGGCUUCCAGUUCUCCUUCAUGCCUGACCUUAGCCCGGAUAUGUGGCGUGGCCGCCUCGCAUUCGUGAACAGCAUUCCGGGCGUGGACUACCCGCAGCUGCUGCCACCAUUGGUACAGUACACUGGCCCGGUCGUGGAUGUGAAGAAGAUGGAGCCCUUCCCAGCAGAAGUAGAGUCCUGGAUCGAGUCCGUGCCAGAUGACAUGCCCAUCGUCUACGUCAGCUAUGGUACUAUCGUACGGUUGACUCCAGAAAGGGUGGCUGCAGCGAUUGCGGCCUUGACGUCAACAACGCACUACACCUUGUGGGCGCUGCCGAAGCCGCAGCAAGUCGGCCUACCAGAUACACUGCCUCCGAGCAUCAUGAUCCACCAUUGGAUCCCCACUGCGAGGGCACUGGCUCAUCCCAAGGUGAAGGCAUUCGUGUCCCAUUGCGGAGGAAAUUCGGCUGUGGAGUCCAUGGCCAUGGGCAAGCCACUUAUUGGCUACCCGCAGUUUGGCGAUCAGAUGGCCGUCUGCCGCAGAAUUGCAGAUGCUGGCGCAGGGGUCACAGGUCCACAGGGCGGCUGGGUCCAGGUUGAGGACGUUCGGCAAGUGCUCGGAGACCCUCGGUUUGCAGCAAGGGCAAGGAGCCCAUGCGCAUAUAUUGGGCAAUCAUCACUGUUGGAGUUGUCAGCUUCCUUUUUGGUCCUCUCAUUUUGGAUGGGCCCUUGGCGUUCUUUUGAUCAGAUUUUCUUCGCUUUGAGUAGCGAUGUUGCUAUCACGCUCAUGUUGGGACAUCUCAGUGGAACGUUGCCUGCACUUCUGUCAUCAUCAUGA